ACGAGUCGUGAUUGGUGCAAAAUUUAGAUAGUACCAACGUAACGAACGUCUUGAACAUUUUGGCAAUGUUGUCAGAUUUAUUACCAGUUGUGCUAGGCAGGUAAAUAUCGUCGCUAUAUUGGAUAAAUUUUAUUUUUCUUUAAUGGUUUUCAACGCAAGAACGAUGUUGUAAUAGUUGAAAAGAUACAAGAAAAACUUAUCUCUGCGCUGAAACACAGGAAUGUCAUCAUUAAUGGAUUGUAAAAGAUAACUGAGUUUCUGUAAUGAACUCGCUCGCAUUCUCAACACUGAGAAAUGGAGAGACAGCAAUGUAAUCCACUUCAAAACUUUGACGAACCUAAAACGGAAAUUUUAAAAAAGAGAUUAUUAAAAUCAGCGAACACGUCAGUGAGCACUAAUUUACCACAAAACAGUCCGCAGCAGAAUGUACUACUAAAUACAUUACGCGCGCCAAUCUCGAGCAGCAUGAUUGUGUCUUCGAUGCAAGCCUCACAGAGCUCCUUACCUAUAACACACAAUUUAGUUACUCAUUCAAUUGCUCCUGUCAAAUUACAUCCAAAUAAUUCUCCAUAUCCUCUGCAACUGUCUACUGUGCAUGUGCCAGUACAGAUUCCAGGAUCUACUUCUAAUAUUAAUGUCCCUGUCCAAAUAUCAGGACCCACAAACACAGUCCCAUUACAAAUUGCACCUGUUAGUCUUCCUCUUCAAGUGUCCGGAACUACCAGUGUCCCAGUUCAGUUACCAGCUGGUGAGACUAUAAAUGUUCCACUGCAGAUCCCAACGGCCAAUCCAAGUAUUCAAUUACCUACACUGCCUUCAAUGCCAGUCUUGCAAAACCAUAACCAAUCCCUCCACAGUUCAAUUAUUCAAGUUCAUAUGGGUUCAACAAAUCCAAGGUCAACUAAUAUGGACUGUAAUUCUGAAAUGACUGCACCAAGUUCAUCCCACUUGCAGAUCUCAGAAACAACAAUUUCCCAAGUUAAAGUUAAUAAUCCCCUUCCUCAACAAGUGCAAGUUGCACAUAACAAUGCUAUGCUGCAAAUGCAAAAUGCAGCAAAUUCUAUCCAAAUUAGAGGGACACCGAGGCAGGUACCACAUGUACCACAUGUGGUCUACAUACAAACACAAACAGGCCUGAAGCCUGUUUCCAGUACCGAUGUCAUCACACAAGCAAGUACAAGUGGAAACCCACCACAAAUCAUAGUAAGGAGACCAGUAACCACCAAUUCCAAUUUACAUUUGAUAUCAAAUGCAAACACCAAACCCAACAUAGCACCAAAAGUAAGUGCACAAAACAAGUCGUCCAUCCUUGCUCCAGUCAAUGCUAGUCAACCAAUAGUGAUACAGAAACCAAAGUCCAACAAUGACAAAAUGAUGGUGCCUGUAAGCAUUGCACCCAGCAACCCUAAACAAGCCAUAGCUUAUCUUUCCGGCUCUGUGAAAAAACCAAACCAGAAGAACUUACCAGAGAAUCAGUCUAUCCUCAUAUCUAAUAACCAGUCUAAUGUAAAUUCCAAUAAUCAAAAAUUGUUCAUAACUCCUAUGAACAUGCCAAAAAUUCAAAAUACCAAAUUCAUUUUACCAGUAACAUUACCUGCAACAAUGGCUUCGAAAGGACCUAUUAUUAAUUUGCAAAUAGCCAAUGGGCAAAUACAAAAUGAUCCACAAGGAAAUAUUACAGUUAUGAGGGACACUGCUAUAGAUUCUCAAGAUAUGCCACCUUUGCAACCACUCGGUAAAGUUAUUAUGAAUGGCAAAGAUGUUCCCCAAAGUCCCAAAAACGACAAAGCUUUUACAUUAUCAAUACCUGGGUCAAGGGCAGAACCUACAGGUGAACAGGGAGAAUAUACACUAUCAAUACCUGAGACUAAUUCUGCAAUGAAUGAUGACAUUUACACUGUGUCUAUCGCGGAUGAUGAUGGUGGCCAUAGGGAGAAAUCGUUCACUUUAGCUAUACCAGAGAAAGGAAAGAGUUUGCUGAACAGAAACAUGGUUGAACGACAUGAAGUGAGCACAGUUAGUAUAGCUGCACCAGCGAUUUUACGGCGUUCUAACUCGGACAAUAGCGACAGAAAGAUCGCGAACGCAAGUAUGAAGCGCCGCAUUUCUCUAUGUACAGAAAACUUGUCCAACAGGAAUAGAAUGCCAUUGCCACUGCCAUUACCCAAAAUCGAGAAAAUUGACGAUCCCUCAGAGGCUGAAAAUAAUGAUGACCAUCGUGUUCCCUCCUUAUUCUGUGAUGAGAAAUUAGACAAAGAUCUAGAGGCUAAACAUUUGGAUUCAGAUUGUGAAGAUUUUAAAGAAGCUAAGCCUGACACCCUCAAUGAGGCAAGUUCUCAUGAAAUAUACUAUCCUAAAAUGGAGGAUUUCAGUAAAAAUGAUAUCAAAGAAGGCAUUUUAGAAGAGGACCCGCCAGGUCUUAUUUGGAAUAAUGGAGUUGCUAGACUACAAGGCAGCACCUUGCAGUUUCAGACCAAUGAAUUUGGGCUCAUAGACUUGCUAGAUGGCAGUGAUCGGGAGGAAGUGGGUAACCACGCAAAAUACCAAACUCCCACAAAGCCGCGUAAUAAGAAACCCCUCUCUCCUGAAGAUUUGUUUCGCUGUGAGUGUUGCGGCUGUCAUGGUAUGGCGGCGGAGUUCAUUACGCCCACCUUCUGUAGUGCUGCAUGUCAAACUGAGGUAGAGAAAGCCUUACAAAAGAAAAAAGACAGAGAACGCAUUGACUUGGUAAAAAAGAAAAAUAAGAUAAAGAAGUUGCUGAUGAGGAAGCAAUUGUCAGAAUCUGAUAUUCCUACAGAAGGUAAAGAAGACAAAAUAUUACUCAAGCAUUAUGAUUCAAUGCCAGCUGAUCAGCUAUCAGAGGCUGCAUUACUGAAAAUCAGUGAAGAUUUAGUAGAGAAUGAGAAGUAUCCCUGGAUGUGCGGAAAGAACGGUUUCUCUUGGAUGCGAUACCUCGAUAUUUGCAAAGCAAAAGCUGCACCUGUUAAGCUGUUCAAAAACCCAUUCCCUUACACCAGAAAUGGGUUUAAAGUUGGGAUGCGGUUAGAAGCAAUAGACCCUCAGCAUCCUUCACUUUUUUGUGUAGUUUCUGUUGCUGAAGUGCAAGGAUUCAGGAUGCGACUUCACUUCGACGAUUUCCCAGAUGUGUAUGACUACUGGGUGAAUGCUGACUCCGUGGAUAUAUUCCCCCCGGGCUGGUGUGAGAAGAACGGCCGGUCACUGAAGCCACCGGGUAAAAUAUCUUCGUCCAACUUUUCGUGGCCGCUCUAUUUGAAACAGUUGAGAGCAGUCGCCGCACCUAGGAACUUAUUCCCACAUAUAACAGCUGCGGUGUUCAAACCGCACUGUUUCCGUGUGGGCAUGAAGUUGGAAGCUGAAGAUCGCAAGAAUGACUUGGUAUGCGUUGCGUCCAUCGCUGAUAUAUUGGACAAUAGGAUGCUGAUUAAUUUCGACUCUUGGGAUGAAAUGUACGACUUCUGGGUGGACCCGACCUCGCCAUACAUCCACCCUGUAGGAUGGGCGGAAGAAAACGGAAUCCCUCUGACGCCGCCUAAUUUUUACAAAGAUCCUGACACAUUUUCAUGGGAAAACUAUUUGGCGGAGACGGGAGCAUCUCCAGCGCCAUCGCGAGCCUUCAAACCUCGCCCGCCACAGGGAUUCAAGCCUGGCAUGAAACUAGAGGUUGUGGAUAAAAGGGUGCCAUUCCUCAUCCGUGUGGCCACAAUAAUUGCUGUGAAAGGUCACCAAGUGCAAGUAUCCUUUGAUGGAUGGCCAGAAGAAUUAGCAUGCUGGUUCGAUGAUGAUUCCCCAGAUUUGCAUCCAGUUGGUUGGUGUCUUAAGACAGGACAUCCGCUAGAGCCGCCACUCACUGCAGAAGAAUUGCGUAUUUUGGGUCCGUGCGGCGUGGGCGGGUGUCGCGGGCUCGGGUCGGUGCGUGGCGGCGCGCACAAGCACCACGCGGCGGCGUCCGCCUGCCCCUACCGCGAGCCGCCAUCGCGCGCGCCCGACCGCCUCGCCGAGCGGGACGCUGACCACGCACUGCCCAGGGAGCGCAGAGUGCUCACCAAACAGCCCAAGGCAAACUCGAUACAUACGAGUACUCCCACUAGCGAUACUAAAGAGAGACCAAGAGGAAGGCCGCCGAAACACAAGCGCAUCGAAGAAGUCUCUAAGAAUGAUCCGGGUUCGGACGACGACUCGCUGUCGAGUGGCGGCGGCAAGCGCUGGCGCAGCGGCAGGUCGGACACGCGCACGCUGCGCACCUACUCGCGCGCCUCGCUCUGCGCCACCGACCACGCCGACCGCACCCACCGCGCACAUCUCUCGGCGCCCGCGCCGCCGCCCGCGCCGCUCCGCGACCAUCUCGCCACGCACCUCGCCGCGCACCUUACCGCGCUCGCGCUACCGCAUGAUCCUACCAUUUGGACACAGAGCGACGUGGUGGCACUGGUGAGCCGGAUAGCUGGCGAGGCGGCGGGCGCGGCGGUGGCAGCAGCGCGGCUAUCGGGCGCGGAGCUGGUGAUGGCGUCGCGCGACGAGCUGGUGCAGUGCGUGCGCCUGCGCCUGGGGCCGGCCGUCAAGAUCUACAGCGCCAUACGACAGCUCCGCGAGAACUAUACGUGAUCGCGCGCUAUCGCUAGGGCCAUCCUCAUGCUCGUAUGAAGCGAUGCGUGCCUCUAGUGACGUGCCAUACCAAAUGUAUCAAACUAACAGUGUAGAGUGCUCAGCUCUUUGUUACUAAGUUUAACUUGUGCUCAUUGUGUUAUAUAAAAGACCCUCGGAAACAUUUUAUUUCGUAUGAGACUGUUGUGCAUUCUAAAGUUUAUUUCUAUGUAGUCACAUUGAUGCUGUAGUUUUUACAAUUUCUAGGAUGGAAUGGACUAUAAGUUUGGUUAAUAUUAUGUUGUGCUCAUUUACACACUUGCAGAAUUAGUAACUGUGUCCAAUAUUGUGUUUAAAUGAUGAGAUUUUGCUUUAUUGUGACAAGAUGAACUUGCUGACUUUAUUGGCCAAAUUAGAUUUCAUACAAGUGCUUGGUCUUAGUGUUUGUUGCGACUGUUGUAAUAUUUAAGAGUUUAGUUUAUACACUAUAAUAUUAUUUAUAAAUUACAAUUCCUCAGCCAAUCAUAAGCAGAUAUUACCAAAAUUAUGAAAAUAGGAAAUAUAUACCAUAAGCUGUUAAUGAUUUGAUUGUUUGUAUCAAGCAAUAUUUAAUAAUAUGUAUUUUAGCACAAAACACUAAAAUUUAAAUGUGGCUUUAAUUGCAGAGGUUGUGAUUGUAUGCAAUCUUAGUGUCGUGAAUUGAAUAAAAACUAUUUAAGAUUUUUAUAAAAACUUUAACAUUUUGACACUGGAAAUCCAAAUUCUAUAUUUAUUAAAGUAACUAAAUCAAUGUGUUUUAUAAACACAAAUGGGGUAAAAAAAUUUGAAAAGCUGGCUACCAAUGCACAUUUAAUUUUAAAAUAGACUGUUUUUGUUGCUACUUAUCUAUUGCAAUUGAUGUCCGAUAUUAUUUCCCCUUUUUAUUUAUGAAGUAUGAUUCUCAUAGCAUGAAUAAUAAAUAGAAUAGUAAGAUUUACUUUGUUACUAUGACUAAACUACGACCCCCACCCGUUUUAUGCAUUAUCUAUGUCUGGAGUUCAAUGCUCUCAAACUUAGCAUCAUUUUCAUGAUCUAGAAGGUAGUUAUCUAAGAAUUUUGUUGGAUAGAUAAUUGAACGUCUGAGGUCUUUAUUAAAGCAUACAUUGUUGUAUUUUGUAAAUAUUAAGACCAUGUACAUAAUAUUUUGUGCAAUGUAGUGUUAAUGUUAUACUUACUUUCUCACUUUGUUGUCUUCAAAAAAUUUGUUCAUUACAAUAGGCAAUCUUCAAGAGUCAAAGUGGUAGUUAAAUAUUACUUAAUUUAUGAAAUAUCUCUUUAGUUUAUUUUUAUAAAAUUAGUUAUAGACCAGAAUGGAAUUUAUUUUGUUUUAAUAAUCAUGUAUUGGUUAUUGUCCAAUUUUUAAAGUAGGAAAGAACCUAAAAUAUAUUUUAAUAGCAAUGAUGUUAGUCAAAUACAAAAUUUUGUUAAAAAUGGCAAGUUAAAAAAAUUGUUAUGGGCUACAUCAAUAGAGGAAAAUAUUUAUAUUCAAAGUGUAAACUCAAGAAAAAUGAGAAUCAAAAUAUUUUGGGUUACUUUUUAUUUUUCUCGAAGUUUAUUGUCCCCCUGUUUCCAAGGGAUAUUAUAUUUGUGACCAUGUACAUAUUAUAGGAUUAGGCUGCUGUAAUAUUUUCUAAAGCGCCACGCUUGUACAUAGCGCUGUGUAUGGAUAUUGAUGUAAGUUUUUACACAAUGACGACUAGUUAGUAUUAUAGUGCCAUUUUCUUUGGCACCAAAUAUUUUAUUGUUACUCUGUAAUUUAAUAAAAACUUUGAAACUAUA